AUGGAGAAGUACAGAAGAAUAAGGAAGAUUGGGAAAGGAAAUUUUGGAGAUGUUUGGUUGGUGGAGGACAAUAAAGGAAGAUAAUAUGCUAUGAAAAGAAUAGAUUUAGUCUUUGAUACUGUGGAUCCUCAAAACGAAGUCAGCAUAAUGAAAGUUCUUAAGCAUCCUAACAUAAUAAAGUUUUAUGAUUCCUUCGAGCAUAAUGACAAAUUGUGCAUAAUCAUGGAAUAUGCCAAAAAUUGUAAGACUCUCCACUAUAUCUAAGCUGAUCUCUCAAUCUACAUAAAAACUAAACAGCCAGACAUCCUGAACUAUUUUACCUAAUUGUGUUUGGGAGUCUAAUAUUUGCAUUAACAAAAAAUAGUACAUAGGGACAUUAAAUUGAGGAAUGUUUUUAUUACUGAUGAUGGAAUUAUUAAAUUGGGUGAUUUCAGUAUCUCCAAAAAAUUGAUCGAUCUAUCGACCAAUACAACUUUAGGAACUCCAUAUUAUUUAUCUCCUGAAAUCUGCCAAUCCAAACACUACAAUUCCAAAACCGACAUCUGGAAUUUAGGCUGCUUCUUAUACGAAUUGUGCACCCAACAAAAGCCAUUUCAAGGAGAAUCCCUCCCUGCAAUCCUCAACUCCAUCAUAAAUGGCCAAACUCCUCAAUUAGGCGAGGCUUUCCCCAAGUUCUAUCAAGAUAUCCUCAACAUUACUUUACAGAAAGAUCCAGAACUUCGACCAGAUAUAGAUCAAAUACUCAAUAUCCCUUAAAUUAAGGAUGAACAAAUCAAAUUGUAAACACUUUAUAAAAGUAAAGGACUAUUAAAUAAAAGGAUAUGUCCUAUUGAAUGUCCAGGCUUUGAUGAAAAAUAAGAAUUCAAAUAAGACAAACAAUCAACUAACAAAGAUAUGUCAAAUAUACUUAAAUAAUCCAUUACUCCUUAAUAUAGAUAAACUUAAUUGGGACUGUAAAAUAUCUUCUCGGAAUGUGUGUCACCCAAUAACAAUUACUGCUAAAUUCAGAAAAAGCCUUACAAAAAGAUUAUGACCAUUAAUACUCAAUUGGAUGAAAAAGUCGAAUAGGAAAUCACACAAAAGAAACCCUCCUUUGCCAAAUUGCUCUUCAAUCCCAAAACUCCUACAUCUCCAAAUAGAAAUAUACUAUUGGCAGACUUUUUGAAAAAUAAGUUAGGAUAGGAAGUAUUUUAAAGAAUGAAAGAUCUGUUGGAAAACAGCAAAGAUCCAAUAUAACUAUUAGAGAAUAGGGAUAAAAUGAUGCAAAUUUUGGGCGAAUAGAAUUUGGAUUGUAUCAAAAUUUUUAAAAUAAUUAUAAGUAACAGCAUUACUCCUCCGAGCAGUCACUUUAGAACGAUGAGUGCUUCAUAUUAAUUUGUUACUUAGAGGAUUAAAACAGUUAAUAACCAUGAUAAUAAUAUUCCAACGUCUGCAUGGGAUGAAUAAUUUUGA